CCGAGUGUAAACAACCUGCUCCGUUUUGACCCAUAUCGUCAGUAGCUUGCAGGUUAGUUAGAUAACGUGUAAACGAUGUGACAGUUUGCUGACACCGUGAGCCACGCCUGACCAACAGGCGACGUUUUUGGCGAGCUAUCUGGAAAAAGGGAUACUGCGUGCAAGAAAACGAUUUCCUGCGUAACCAGGCAUAUCAGAGGAGCCAGCAAGCACAGACCAGUCGCUCUGUCGGUGUGCCUCACCCUCUCCUCAGUCCUCGUUCCUGGUUUUGGAGGGUGAUUGACAGCUCAAAAGCAGCCAUGUCUUACGGGAAGGCAGACAGCUACCGCUCCCAGCCACGGGACUUCAGCACCCUCAUCCAGACAUGCAGCUCCAACAUCCAGAAAAUCACACAGAACACUGCCCAGAUCAAAAACAUGCUGUACCAGCUGGGGACAAGGCAGGACACUGCCGAACUACAGGACAGACUACAACAGGUGCAGCACUACACAAACCAGCUGGCAAAAGAGACCAACAGACACCUGAAAGACCUCGGCUCUCUGCCCUUACCCGUGUCCCCCUCAGAGCAGCGGCAGCAGAAGAUCCAGAAGGAGAGGCUGAUGAAUGACUUCUCAGCCGCACUCAACAACUUCCAGGUGGUCCAGCGGCGCGCGGCUGAGAAAGAGAAGGAAUCAGUGGCCAGGGCCCGGGCUGGGUCCCGCCUCUCGGCUGAAGAUGGCAAUCGGGAUGAGCAGCUUGUAUCAUUUGAUAAUAACGAUGACUGGGGCGGCCAGGCUCAGUCGCAGACAGAGGAGGCGGCCAUCACCGAGGAGGACCUGGAGCUGAUCAAGGAGCGCGAGACCAACAUCCGGCAGCUGGAGUCGGACAUCAUGGACGUGAACCAGAUCUUUAAGGACCUAGCAGUGAUGAUUCAUGACCAAGGCGAAAUGAUUGACAGCAUCGAGGCCAAUGUGGAGAGCGCAGAGGUGCAUGUAGAGAGGGGUGCUGAGCAGCUCCAGAGGGCUGCUUACUAUCAGAAAAAGUCCCGCAAGAAGAUGUGCAUCCUGGCCCUGGUGCUGUCUGUAGUGGUGACCAUCCUAGCCAUCAUAAUCUGGCAAGCCACCAAAUGAAGAAGCAGCUUUUGCAGCUUUUUUUCUUUUUCUUUUUUUUUAAAGUCAUUCUUUCAAC